CCCUCGUUAUCCUUUUACCAUCCCUCCCCCAAUCCACGCUAAACGCCUCCUCUCUACAAUGGGUCACACUGUGCCUCCGGUUUGUGCUCACAUCCCAUCCACGCUGGAUGUUCAGGAGAACUGUAUCCUAAUAACACCGACUUGAACAGCUCAAAGACAAGACCCUCUUCAUCCAGAAGGCCUAUGUCAAUGGCGAGUGGGUAGGCGCGCAAUCCGGCCAGACAUUCGAAGUCCACGGUAGGCCACACACACGCCCGCCCGCCCUUUCGAUACAACAUCAAGACUGACCGCUCGUUCCCUGCAGACCCUGCUUCCGGAAAGCUCAUCGGAACCUGCCCCGAAUUCACAGCCGCAGACACCGAGAAAGCCAUCCAAGCCGCCAAUGAGGCGUUCCCCAAGUUCCGCACCACACUGGCCCGCGAGCGCGCCCGCAUGCUGCGUAGAUGGUACCAGCUGAUGAUCGACAACGCCGACGACCUUGCGACGCUGAUAACAUGGGAGAACGGAAAGCCGCUGGCUGACGCCAAGGGCGAGGUGAACUACGCGGCCAGUUUCUUCGAGUGGUUCAGUGAAGAAGCCCCCCGCAUCUAUGGUGACACCAUCCCCUCAUCGGUGGCCGGAAACCGGGUCAUGACUCUCAAGCAGCCCGUUGGUGUCUGCGGUCUUAUCACCCCCUGGAACUUCCCCGCUGCGAUGAUCACACGCAAGAUCGGCCCCGCUCUGGCAGCGGGCUGUACGGUCGUUGCGAAGACACCCUGUGAGACGCCUUUCACGGCGAAUGCUCUCGCGGAGCUGGCUCACCGCGCGGGCAUCCCGAAGGGUGUGGUCAACAUCGUCACCGCCUCGAAGAACACCCCGGAGGUUGGUGAGGCUAUCACUACCAGCUCCGAUGUCCGGAAGGUGUCUUUCACGGGAUCGACCAAUGUGGGUAAGCUGCUCAUGAGACAGGCUGCUUCCACUGUGAAGAAGGUGUCCUGGGAACUGGGCGGCAACGCCCCCUUCAUUGUCUUCGAUGAUGUUGAAGACCUUGACGCUGCGGUUGCAGGAGCCGUGGCCUCCAAGUUCCGCAGCUCUGGCCAGACCUGCGUCUGCGCGAACCGGAUCUACGUGCAACGCGGCGUGUACGAUGAGUUCGUGAAGCGCUUCACGGAGAAGGUCAAGAACUUCAAGCUCGGCGCAGGGUUCGAGGAAGGCGUCACACACGGUCCCGUCAUUCACACCCGGGCUGCCGACAAGGUCGAGGAGCAUGUGCGGGAUGCUGUGUCCAAGGGCGCGAGGGUGUUGGCUGGAGGUCAAAAGGCCGCGCACCUGGGACCUAACUUCUUCGACCUGACCGUUCUCGGUGAGAUGAACAAGGACAUGCUGGUCGCUUCGGAGGAGACCUUCGGACCCGUCGCCGGUCUCUUCCCCUUCGAGACAGAGAAGGAGGUUGUCGAUUUGGCGAACCGCGCCGAGGUCGGUCUGGCCGGGUACUUCUUCAGCGGAAAUGUGAAGCGCAUCUUCCGUGUCGCGGAGUCUCUGGAAGUGGGUAUGGUCGGUGUGAACACAGGGCUUAUUAGCGACGUUGCCUCUCCGUGAGUUUCCCCCCCUCUGAAGCUGAAAUAUGGCGCAGUGCUAACCAGAUUGAAAUAGCUUCGGUGGUGUCAAGCAGAGUGGCUUCGGCCGUGAGGGCAGCAAGUACGGCAUCGACGAGUUCCUGACGGUCAAGAGUGUUACCUUCGGUG